AUGGCCUCCCAACUGCCGCCGCCGGAACCCGCUCCCACCACCAUAUUCACCAUCGGCGACGACCUUCUUCUCGAGAUCUUCGUCCGCCUCCCCUCGCUGCCGUCCCUCGUCCGCGCCGCCUGCUCCUGCCGCACCUUCCUCCACGCCGUCCGCUCCUUCCCCACCUUCCGCCCCCGGUUCCGCGACCUCCACCCGCCGCCGCUCCUCGGCCUCUUCGUCAGGCACCGCGUCGGAGACAUCCCUUCCUUCGUGCCCCUCCGUGGCCGCGCCGACAAGGACCACGCGGCCGUCGUCCGCGGCUCUGAUUUCUUCCUCACCAGGGUCCCCGACGACCAAGGCUUCUGGAACAUCACCAACUGCCGCGACGGCUACCUUCUCCUCCACAACUGGGAGAACAGGUUGUUCGCCGCCUACAACCCGCUCGCGGGUGUGCUGCACCGGAUCUCCUCGCCGCCGGAGGCCGUCCGGGAGCUCUACAUCCUGUCUCCCCCGGAAGAACGCCACGGGUCGUUCCGCCUCGUCUGCGUCCACGAGGACGGCCUGCAGGUGCGCGCCGUCGUCUUCUCAUCGGACACCGGAGAGUGGCAGGUCUUGCCGUGGGCAGAGGCUGCGGCCAUCAACAAGGACCAUCCUGAGGACGACAAGCACUGCCUCCCGCCCAGGACUGGUAAGCUUGUGGAUGGGCGCGUCUACUGGCCAAGGCACGACUGCGUGAUUGUGCUCGACACCGCGACGCUGCACUUCUCUUCCAUGGAUCUGCCGCCGUACAUGUAUGGGCAGAAACCUUUUGUGGUUGGCGAGACCAAGGAUGACAAGCUCUGCAUGGUUUGCGCAAUUGAUGAGGAGAACACGAUUGCUGUCUGGGUAUGGAGAGCCGAUGCUGACCGCGUCGAGAAAUGGAUGCUGGACAAGGAGAUUGAAUUGGAGGAUCUAUCCACGCUGAACCUGGUGGCAGUUAAGCAGGGCUCUCUGCACUUACACUGGGUGGCCGUUGAGGAGCCGGGCAUUGUCCCUCUUUGUGACUUCUUCUCCCUCUGCCUUGAAGAAGAAGAGAUGAAAAAGAUAUUUUCUCUCUAUGAAUACGAACUGGAGUGGUCCUAUCCCUACAUCAUGCCGUGGCCUUCUUCCUUGGUGUGCAACAAGAAUAAAUCAAGACGAUGGAUGUUUUUAGGAAUCACAACCAGUCAUCUGUGUACUUUCUUUGAGCAAUAAUCUGUGAACUUCCAUAUGUCCAAAUAAGUACUCCACUCUUAGCUUUGAUCAUUUCCAGCUCUGUGCUAGAGCUUUGAGUAAAUGACAUCUUUUGAAGAUCAAUCCUGCAGGGCUAACCAUAUUUUACUGGUCAGCCUAUAUUGACCAUGUUGCUGUUGUAAAGCCGAAUUUGAUGAUCUUUUAGCC